GGGGUCCUUCAGGUAGGAGGUCCUGAGUGACUUUGGAUGUCCGCUUCUCCCAGGUGCCGUGGGUGCUUAAUCUACGGUCUUGCGGCUUAGCUUUUCUCUCGGUUUGGACUUGAGGCCUCUGUUGCAACCAUGCUCCGCCAGAUCAUCGGUCAGGCCAAGAAGCAUCCUAGCUUGAUCCCCCUCUUCAUAUUUAUUGGAGCAGGAGGGACUGGAGCAGCACUGUAUGUCACGCGACUGGCAUUGUUCAAUCCCGAUGUCAGUUGGGACAGAAAGAAUAACCCAGAACCCUGGAACAAACUAGGUCCUAAUGAUCAGUACAAGUUCUACUCUGUGAAUGUAGAUUACAGCAAACUGAAGAAAGAAGGUCCAGACUUCUAAAUGAAAUAUUUCACUGUAAAGCUGAUUUGAAUGAAGGUCUUCCAGAAGCCAUCCGCACAAUUUUCCACUUAACCAGGAAAUAUUUCCCCUGUAAAUGCACGAAAUCACGUUGGUGUAUUGUGGUGGGGUUUACACUGAUGAAUAAAUAGUCUGAAACUUGA